UUUCCAUUUGGAGAGUUCCGGAGCUUACCUGGCUUGUUUUGAUAUUUAUAGUGAAACUGUCUUACAGAUAGUCCUCAGUUUUGAUAAAUGUUUUUGUUUUAAGGCGUUUAGGUUUUAGUUCUACUCCUUCUUCGACGUGUUUUGACGGCUUCAGCGUUGGCAGAACACUGAAAGUUUAUGCGUUAAAAUGGCUGAUAACUGGAAUAGGGGACAUGGUGCUGUAGAUGAUAUGCUGGAUGGAGAAAACAAACUCCUGGCUGAGAAUCUGGCAAGCAAAGUAUCCAGGCUGAAGUCUCUUGCAUAUGAUAUUGAUAAAGAGGCAGAAGACCAGAAUUCAUACUUGGAUGGCAUGGAUUCAAACUUCCUCAGUGCAACUGGACUAUUGACAGGGAGUGUGAAGAGGUUUUCCACAAUGGUUCGCUCUGGUAGAGAUAACCGGAAGAUCCUGUGCUAUGUAUCAGUAGGCCUGGUGCUAUUAUUCUUUGUGCUUUACUACCUAGUUAGGCGAAUACAGAACUGAGAUGUUUCUCCAAACCUUUCUGCUAUGUGUUCUCAGUUUUAUGAGAAAUUUAUUAUUUUGUUUCAAUACAGUACUUCAUCCUUAUUUACACAAGGAAUUGUUUUCGCUGAUCUCAUUUUGCUUCAUCCUGGUUCAUUUGAAAGGAAGGGGUGAAUAAAAUUGAGAGCUCCUGAA